AGCAGGGAGGGCAGGGCCAGACUGGGGCGCUCUGGGGGCGGGGGAGGGGGGACAUCCCGGUCCCGGCCCUCCGCGCGGGUGGGCUCGGAGCAGGCCGCACCGGGCAGCAAGCAUCACUCCCACCUGGAGGCUCCCUGCCCUGUUCCCCUCUUAACCCACCCACCCCCGGCCAAUGGUGCGAGGCUGGGAGCCGCCGCCCGGGCUGGACCGCGGUGAGUGAUCCCCAGCCCCUUGGACUUCCCUUCCUAGCUGGUGUACGAUCACCGACCCUCGGAGCCCUAUCCUCCUGGAGGAGAAUAGUAGCUGUCUCUGAAGGGCACAAAUCAGAACGCACGAUGCCUCCUAAUAAAGAGGCCAGCAGUGUUACUAGCUCACCAGCAGGGCUCAUCUGCCUUCCUCCAAUUUCUGAGGAGCUACAGCUUGUAUGGACCCAAGCAGCCCAGACCAGUGAGCUAGACAGCAAUGAACACCUGCUACAAACCUUCAGCUACUUUCCCUAUCCCAGCCUAGCAGACAUUGCCCUUCUCUGCCUACGUUAUGGGCUGCAGAUGGAGAAAGUCAAGACUUGGUUCAUGGCUCAGCGCCUCCGCUGUGGCAUUAGCUGGUCAUCUGAAGAAAUAGAAGAGACUCGAGCACGAGUGGUAUACCAUCGGGACCAACUCCAUUUCAAAUCCCUUCUCUCUUUUACUCAUCAUGCAGGGCGGCCACCAGAGGAGGUGCCACCUUCUCCAGUGCCACCUCCAGAACAAGUUGGUCUUGGAAUAGGCCCUCUGACACUUAGGGAGCCCACCCAGAUGAAAGGAUUAAAGGUAGAACCUGAAGAGUCCUCUCACAUACCAGCACCUCCACUCAGUCACCAGAAAGCAAAAGAGUCCCUCUUGACAUCUGACAGUGGAGCAUUCCCCCACCAAUCAAAUUUCUGGCAGGAUCUUCAAAGCAGUGGCAUCUCUAAGGAACUGGCAGGCAGUGGUCCUGACUAUUCACAUGGUGUAGGUACUUCUUCCUGGAACCACUCCAUAGCUGUCCACCAGCCAUGUGCUCUGGAUAAGCCCCCAUCAAUCUCAUUAGUUGCCAGUACUUGUAAGGAGGAGCCAGCACCUAGUAUGACUCCUUCUUCCUCCUCUACCUCCUCUUCUUUCCGGGUACUGGCUAAUGGAGCUACUGCCACCUCUAAACCCCUCCAGUCACUCUCACCCAAAAAACAGGCACUACCCCCACAUCUGGAGCCAGCUUGGCCUCAAGGGCUACGGCAUAAUUCACUACCAGGUAGGGUUGGCUCCACAGACUAUCUUUCCCCAGAUAUGCAACGCCAGCGAAAGACUAAGCGUAAAACCAAAGAGCAGCUGGCUAUUCUCAAAUCCUUUUUUCUACAGUGCCAAUGGGCACGGCGUGAGGAUUACCAUAAAUUAGAACAGAUCACUGGUCUACCUCGGCCUGAGAUCAUUCAGUGGUUUGGUGACACCCGCUAUGCUUUGAAGCAUGGGCAACUAAAAUGGUUUCGGGACAACGCAGUACCUGGUGCCCCUAGUUUCCAAGACCCAGCAAUUCCUACACCACCAUCGACCCGCUCCUUGAAAGAAUGGGCUGAGACACCACCUCUGCCAAUCCCCCCGCCCCCACCGGAUAUAGGACCUUUGGAGAGGUAUUGGGCAGCCCACCAGCAGCUACGGGAAAUUGAUGUCCCUCAGCUGAGUCAGGCAUCAAGACUUAGCACCCAGCAGGUACUGGAUUGGUUUGACUCUCGGUUACCUGAGCCAGCUGAGGUGGUAGUUUGUCUAGAUGAAGAAGAGGAAGAGGAAGAAGAGGAACUGCCAGAGGAUGAUGAAGGAGAAGAAGAAGAAGAGGAAGAUGAGGAUGAGGAUGAUUAUGUGAUCAUACAGGACUGAGUGAGGGAAGGGUUAGGGAAGGAGAAGAUUUGUUACUAAAAGAUGAACCAAAUUUUAGUAACUGUUUAAACAAACCACAUUUUUUAAUUACCUUGUGGCAAAGAAUUUAAAAGCUUUUGUGUUCUUCAGGGAGGGUGAUGGGGAUGUAGUAAGUUGAGGGUGGACCAGGGAGGAUGAUCAUGGAACACAAAAUCAGGGAUUGGGUCAGCAAAUAAUUCAGUACUCUAGCCACAAUGUAGAGGAGGAUAAGAAUCUGGGUCAGGAAAUGUUUCCUGUUGUCCUUGUAUCUGCUAUUCUUUUCCCUUAGAGUACUAUGGAGAACAGACCUCAGCCACACAUCUACAGGAGACCUGGAAAGAAGGGGUAAAGAAUUCUGAUUCAAUUGAUAAUUCCAAUGAAUCCCCAGUCCCACCAUUUUUCCCUGGAAUAUAAGGCUGCUUUAUACUGUUUCCCUUCUCUUUGAGUACAAAUUCUACAUAAUGCAGCUAAGAUUCUCAAUACAUACCAGCCUUGUCACAAAUACUUUCUCCUCUGAUAUCAAUUUGAUGUUCUGUGUUUCACCUGCUUCAUCACUGAAUCACUGGUGGUAAAAAUAUUCUCAUUUCUGAUACUGGGUCCACUUUGUCUUCUACCUUUUUAUCUUUACAAAAUCCCCUCUCAAUUAUUUGUCUCAGGGUAAAUCCACAGAGCUUGUGAAAAACUUUAAUAAUAGGUAGUGAAUAUUUAGUCUGGAUAUUUAUUGGAGGUGAGAAUUAGGGAAGAUAUCCUUUAAAAAAGUAGAAUUACAUUAUAGGGAGAUGGAGGAGAAGGAAUGGUUUCUCCUGUUACAAGGAAGGAUGGUAGGUAGUUCCAGGUUUGGUUUUACAAACCUGAAACUUAUCUCCUGUCUAGUUUGAUGGAGACUGAUUUUCUUUUUCUUUUUCCCUCUGUUGGCUCAACUGCACCUGAGAAGAGAAUUUUCCCCCUCUAUAUGCUCUGUCUUGGGGACAGAGGGUCCAUGGUCUUUAACUGAAUUAUUGAUGUUUUAGAAUGAUUUUUCAUCAGUUGGGAUCAUAUAUAAAGCAAAAAGAUAUCAAUGGGUUAACCAUCUAAAAAUGAAGAGUGGAAGCCCCAAAUUGCUAGAAUAAUAAUAAAAAGGCCAAAAAUAAAAUUGUUUCUCUUU